AUGUUUUGGAUCCAGACAGAUUGAUACGAUGUCCGUAUAACAAACACCAUCUAAUCAGAGUCUGUCGGUUUUCCUGUCACAUUGUAAAAUGUAGGAAGAACUACCCUGAACUUGCAAAGGAAUUGGUCACGUGCCCCUUCCAUGCUCGCCAUCUAGUUCGUCAGGCUGACCUCAGCGAUCACAUAACAAAGUGCAGAUACAAAGAGUUUAUUGAGCAAGAUAUAGUGAAUCAGUCCUCUGACUUCGAGAGAGAGCAGAUGAAUGCUGUGAGCACAUGGCAGGCACCUCCAUGUGAUGAAGACUGGGAAGCAGAGUCGUUGGAGCAGCCGAGUUCUCCUUUUAUUUGGGGCAUGUCCAGCUCUGGCACAAACAGGUAG